CUGCCAACCGAGAUGCACCUGGAGAUUAUAUCCCAUCUCUCGAUCCCAUCCCCUCAGCGGCUUCAACAAACCUCCCGCCACUUCUGUUCUCUCGUCAAGCGACCGACCUUGCGAACACUUCUUGAAGAGGAAAGCCUACCGUGGGCCCGCGAACAGCAGUACCUUACCUGUUCGGAAUGCGUCAAGUUUCGCAAGCGAUCCUCCUUCGCCGAUGAUAUGACGGUCGGGGAGUAUUCACCCGGUUGUCUGAAGGCGUCGCAGCGCAUGUGCAUCUGGUGCGCUCUGCAAAAUGACAAGUUCCCUCUCGGCACGCUGAUGCGCGUGGGGGGGAGAACACAUGUGGUGUGCUUGCAGUGCGGUCGAUGUCGUUCGGAAAUCGGCACAAAGGGC